CGCCCUGCACAGCCAGUGCUGCCCGCUCCGUGCUGCUCCCGGGGACGGGGAGCGCUGCCGCGGAGCCGUCCCUCUGCCUUCUCUUCCCUCCCUUCUCCCCUCCGUCCCUCCCCUAGCAUGGGAUGGGAGAGCCCUGCGAGAGCGGUCCUUGCUCGGCAGCCGCCGGCAUGAAGGAGGGAGCGGAUGGAGAGCCCUGGGACGCGGCGCUGGAGUGGUUGGAGGGAGCCCCGAUGGGCAACAGGAGCAACGCGUCGGCUUUCCUGCAGCUCCUCAAGAACAUCAACCUGGAGAGAGCCGAUGGGAUGCAGGGGGACAGCUCCGACGUGCUGCGGAUCGUCAUCUCCCUGGUGUACUCGGUGGUGUGCGCCCUGGGGCUGGUGGGCAACCUGCUGGUGCUCUACCUGAUGAAGAGCAAGCAAGGCUGGAGGAAGUCCUCCAUCAACCUCUUCGUGACCAGCCUGGCGGUGACUGACUUCCAGUUUGUGCUGACCUUACCCUUCUGGGCCGUGGAGAACGCGCUGGACUUCAACUGGCUCUUCGGCAAGGCGAUGUGUAAGAUCGUCUCCUACGUGACGGCCAUGAACAUGUAUGCCAGCGUCUUCUUUCUCACUGCCAUGAGCGUGGCUCGGUACCGCUCCGUGGCUUCAGCCUUGAAGAACCAGCGGCGAGGUGACCCGCUGGGUGGCUGCUGCUCUGCCAAGUGGCUUUGCGCACUCAUCUGGUUGUCGGCCAUCCUGGCUUCUCUGCCCCAGGCCAUUUUUUCCACCACUGCCACCGUCUUUGAUGAUGUGCUCUGCCUCGUCAAGUUCCCCGAGGGCCGAGGCAGCAACGCCCAGUUCUGGCUGGGUCUGUACCAAAUCCAGAAGGUGCUGCUGGGCUUUGUGCUGCCACUGGCCAUCAUCAGCCUCUGCUACUUGCUCCUGGUGCGCUUCAUCAGUGACAAGCACGUUGGCAGCACCUGCAGCGGCCCAAGCACCAAGCGCCGCUCCAAAGUGACUAAGUCGGUGUCCAUCGUGGUGCUGUCUUUCUUCUUGUGCUGGCUCCCCAACCAAGCGCUGACAACGUGGGGCAUCCUCAUCAAGCUCAACGUGGUGCGCUUCAGCGCUGAGUACUUUCUCUCCCAGGUGUACCUCUUCCCCAUCAGCGUGUGCCUGGCGCACUCCAACAGCUGCCUCAACCCCAUCCUCUACUGCCUCAUGCGCAGGGAGUUUCGCAAGGCACUGAAGAGCCUCCUCUGGAGGAUCACCUCGCCUUCUCUCACCACCAUGCGCCCUUUCACCGACACCACCAAGCCCGAGCAGGAGGAGCAGGCCCUGCACACCUUGGUGCCCGUACACCCCAUCGCAGCUUCCUCAGCGGCUGCAGCAGUGCAGCCGGAGCUGGCUUACUACCCGCCCGGGAUGGUGGUGUACAGCAGCCGCUGCGACGUGCUGCCUGCUGCCUCCACGGAGCAACGCUGCUGAGAAGGCUGGGGAGGGGUCCGGGGGUGGGACCGUGGGGUCUGUGCAGGAUGUGGCCCUGGGACACUGAAUGCCUGGUAGGGACGAGGGGAGGAGGGAUGGGUAGAGAAGCCCUUCUGGGGUUGUCUGCUCUUGGAGGCUUGUUGGUGGAAAUCGUCUCGCAAGUGUGUGUCCCCCCCCCCCCCAGCCUGGAGAACAGGAGUAGGAGAAGGUGCCUGUGGUGCACUGGGGAUCAGAGUGUCUCUAGGAGAUGCUUUUUAGUGCUUGCACCUGUCCUAGCUCCUGUGGGAACCCUGGCUGGGGGCACACAGUCGGAUGCUGGGUGUGUGGGGCCGCGUGGGAUGACGCGAGGCUGGGGAGCCCCGGCUGUGCUCCCACAGCCCAGCAGCACAGCCAGCAAGGGGCCAGCAUCUUUCCUGCCCUUCUGUGCCUCUGUGGCAGAGAAGAGGCAUGGAGUUGCUUUCUUGCUGCUGUGUGGCAUCACAGAUGAUGCCAGCCUGGCCAUGGUCACCCCUCACCAGGCUCCGGUGAGGGCACAGGCAUCAGGCAGCCGAUGUGGGUACAAGGCUUCUGCUUGUUCAGGCUCGGAUCCUUUCCCUUCUCUUAAGCACCCAGGAAAGAAGGGACAAGGAGCGUUGAGCUCCCCUCCAGAUCCUUGCAGCAUCUGCUUUUCCAUCUCCCUCGUCCCCUCUGCUACCGCCGUGAUACAGAGCAACCCGAACAGCCAAGGAGAAACCCCAGGGCAGGACUUGCAGCUUUGUGGUGAGGUGUUGCUUUGCCUGGGUUUGGAGGGGAGGGAGUGACACCCCCAUGCCCCCUGGCAUCGUGUCCCCCAGCCUCGCUGCUGGGGGAGAACCCACAGCCCCAAACCUUGUGGCAAGGCAGGUGUCCCUCCAGGGGCACGGAGGCUGCAGGCUCUGCCCUUGCGCUUCAGACUGUUUGGUAACUCACUCCAGGAGACCAGCACGAUUGUAAAUAAAGAGGAAAAAACAGAUUGUAGCCACUUCAAACUGUUUGCUCCAGGAUACUUCUUGGUUCAGCUAAAGCCAAGCACAAAGGUUUGUGUUCUGCUAAAGUCUUUGUUAAGGGUCUGCAUUGAUACUUGCCAGUGUUUUGAUUAAUUCAAGCUCAAAUCCUCUGGUGUGAGGAGCCCUAGAGGCUGCAGUUCGGAGAUCUCACCCUGGAGAAGGGCAGGGAGAGUGCCUGUCCCAUCCGGUGUUCCAGCGAAACAGUUGGGAAAUAAUUUGGGAUUGGUCUGAAGUGAACUUUUAAGGGCAUGAAAAAGGGUAAUUUCAAGCUGUGAAACUUUUUAUGGUAAGGUUAUAGAUUCCCUUUUUAAAAUAUUUUUAAUAUGAGGAAAACGAUUUUAAAUGGGAAUGUCAAAGCAUUUCUUUUAGAAGAUGGAAAAAUGCAACAGUUCUGGCUUUGUUGUCAAAACAAGCUUAUUAAUACCCAAAACUGCAAGUGGGAUGAAUAUAUUGAUACAAUAUUCAAAAGCCCUCUCUAUUUCCACCUCCCUCCCCUGCAGCCUGACUCUGCUAAGGAAAAAAAGCACUUCUGCAGAGGGUUGUUUGUCACCUCUAAGCACAAAUGCAGAACAAACUUGCUAUUUCUGUCCAGAGAAAAUUGCAGUGCCAUUAGUGGCAAUUACGCUUUGCAGACUCCUUUAGGUUUACUGUACAUGCCAAUAACUCCUGUUGUAAAAUUCCAGUUUGAUCUGGAAGCAGCUGGUUCUGCUACUUGUAACAAGAAGCCGUUCCUUUUUUCAAGUCAGCAGAGACUUCUACUACAGCCUUGGGUGCUUCCUAACUGGGAAGAUACUGAGAUUUGCAAGGUGCCUGGAGAAGAACAGCAGAAGUGAGCUGGCAGCUGAUGGACUUCUUUAUAAAGAUGCAAAGACUCUGGGGGGAAAAAAAAAAAUCAGAUGUAUCCACAGAAGAACUUGAGCAUUUAAGUACUGUACAACUGUCCCUCUAAGUUCAUAAAUGCUGACUGGGCUGCCAGUUGAAGUGUGUAGGUACUCAAAGUUUUUCAGUAAAAUUUUUUGUGCCUAGAAGUCUGCUCCUGAGCAUGCCUAAAUCUGCUUAUGUCUGUAGCACCUCUCUGCAUUUCAUGGGGAUCCUGCAGUCAGGACUGGCUGCUGCGCGUACCCUAAGGGGUACUCUGGCACAGGACACCCUGUACCAGGCCACACCAAGUUAGGAGGGGCUGCAAACUUGACUCAUUCUCCCUGUCCCUCUGCAUCUAUCUCUAAAUAUGCUUCUCCUGCCCUGCCUUCAAAUGCAUGUGCAGAUUAUACUCUUUCCUCUUCCCUUUUGAGAUACUGCUUCAGUGGGCAAAGCUCCUGCCCACAAUCUGGGAGAUGCUCCUUUCCAUAUCCCUGGUGAAUGACUGAAUCUCCGGGCUUCUCUGCGGAUGUGCUUGAAUCCUCUGGCUUGAAACAGUUUCCAGAUGCAUGAGGUGCUCACUGUUGUGGGUUCAGAAAGUGAACUGAGUGCUACUUUGCAGCAUAAUGAUUAGGGCAUGAGCCCUAGAGAGGAAGUACCAAGAUUUUUUCCUUGUAUGAAUAAACACAGAAGAGAAAUUGGAUCCAGGUCUGGCUCCCAGGUUUCACCUUCCAGAGGAAAAUGAUUAACCUGGCUGUAUAAUCACAGGCUUAUUCUUGCUCCCGGAUUCUGGUUUAAUUAAUGUUUCAGUAUGCCGUGCGUGAUGAGAUAGCUCUCACAGCCUGUGAGCUUUCUGGCUGUAUAAAUCUACCAGCCUAACGUGUCAAAGGAUUUGUAAGAAGUGCAUUUGGGUGUUGUGUGUUCUGGGAGAAAGCCCGAAUACCCGUGCUAGCAGAUGAAGAAAGCCACACUGUUGUGUGAGAAAAGUGUACCACGAACGUCUAACUCCAGGGCUCAGACAGACUUGAGCAUACCUCCAUAGAACAGGAAAAAGCACCUAAAUUAAGAAGAGGGGAUGGAUCUUGAAGCCAGAUUCUUUUCUUGGCGUUUGCUAUUGAACAGCAGAGCUUCUUGUUUGGCUUGCUGUGAUUGUAAUUCCUAUUCUCAAAUGCUUUAAUGCUCUUGUGCAUUACAUAGAAAAAUAUCCAGGUAUCUGAAAUAUAGCUUUGAAUUUCAGUAGAUAGCGAAUUGCCUAAAAGACCUCCUCUGUGGUGCUCAGCAUGACAAAACCCAUGUGCUUUUGUGGAUGUCGAUGUACACAUUACUUCGUGGCAGAAAAACAACCCAUAGUUCAGAACAAAUCAUAGUCAUGAUGAGAGGAAGCCUCAGAUGCUUGAUCACAAAAGAUGUAAAAACCUUAUGUAUGGCAAAUCACCUGACUAAGAAAAUAUCAUGGUUGUGUAGAGAGGGACUGGACUAUGGACUAAGAGGGCUACUCUCUCUUAAGCCACUGAUCCACCAGGUCUAGGUCACAGAUACGGUGUUUGAAAGAGGCACAACUCAUCCACAAUUGGUCAGAGGUUGGUUUAUGCCUGACCCGCAGCUCAGGCUGUGUAGCCGGUCAGUGUGUGUCCAGCGUGGCCAAAGAGCACGGCUCUGGCUGUGCACGAACAGAGAGGAAUUUUGCUUCACGUGUGCUGUGAGUCCCAACUAUCCCUGCAUGAAAUCUGGGCUCCGCGUUGCAUGGGCAGUGGCUCCAGCCUGGGCACUGGGAGCACUGGCUGUGCGCACAGCAUCAGGCAUGGGGCCAGAGCAGAGGGUCUUUCCAGCUCCAGCCUUGAGAGUACGUUUUCACAGCAACAACAGGGUAUGGUGGGUUUUCCUAAGUAAUCUGUAAGUUGCAACACUCUUCAAAAGCUCCUGUUUCCUUCAAAUAUUGGUGUGUUCGUUUGUAACAAUCACCUUUUCGUGGACUGAAAUAAACACAGCUGAAGGAUACAAAGCGAUACUCACACAGUUCUUUGCGAUUUUUUUUCUUUAUGGGUCUCGUCCUGCUGGAGAUACCUCUUCGGGUGCUGCUCGAAGUGCACAUUGCUGAGGAGCGAUAGGAACCCGAAGGUGCAGACUGACAUCUAGUGACAGUCUGAGUGAACCUGCAAAGCCCAGAUACUCUGAUGAGGCACAAAAUCUGAUCCCUCAAGGACUUUUGAAUAUCUACCCCCCUCAAGUAACUAACCAGGCUCUUAAUAUGUUAACAACCUCCCAUCUCAUUUCCAGGUUUCCCUUUGAAAUGCCUCUGUGGUAGAAAAUGUUUGAAUCAUUUUGGCGCUCCUUUCAGCAGUAAAGCAAUGCAGUCCCAUUCGACCCUUUUCACUACCAUCUGCCUUACAACUUGAUUAUUCAGUCGGGUGCCUGCACAGAAAGCUGAUGUAACAGACAUCUGUGAGCUGAACAGGCAUCGGCAGGGGUGCAGUGCAGCUCAAGGGCAUUAGUGUGGGAGCCUGGUCUGUAGUUUUUAGUGAGGGUUAUUUCUCUCUUGCUUCAAAAGAGAAUUCUGAUUAAGCCGUCCAGAGGGGGCUAUUGGAAAUACCUUUUUGUCGUGAUUGCUCAGCUAUAAGAGCUCCCUCCAGGUGCACUCUCAGCAGCAGUGAUCGAAACAAAGUCUGCAAGAGAAGGUUUGACAGUGAGUUAACUUAUUCCUUUGCUAAGUGUGGCUGUUAACAUGCCUUAGACAUGUUCCCUAGUUGCAGAGAGUUGUUUUCGUUAGAGUAAAUGCUUCCAAAUCCAUAUGAAUUUGCACAUAUGGGCAGGUUUCUCAGACUAUGUUUGUGCGUAGCCUCAGAAUAAUUCCCUAAACCUUAUGUGUAAGAUACAGACUCACAGGACACCAGAAUAAAUUGGGGGAAAAACAAACAAACAAAAAUCAAUGCCCAAACCCAACGAAACAGCUGGAGACAGAAAACAUUUCUUUCAUCAAGCAAAAUUUUUGAAACCCUGACCUAUCUCCUUAGGGAGUGCUAAAAGAAAGUUAAGGUGAGUCACUUUAGACUAACCAGUUUGGGGAAAAAAAAAUAAAAAAAUAAAAAUAAAUAAAGAUAGCUCAUUUUCUUGGGCUAAUGAG